AUGAACCGAAUAUUAUAUUCAGUGCUGCUGGCGCUCUCUGGCAUCGUGCUUUUGGUCGAUGGCGCCUCACUGGACUGUUUACAGAAGCAACAGUAUUUAGCUGCUGUGCAAGUGGAAUUGAGCAAGCUGGAAAUAAGGCACAACCAUCAAGUGAAGUGGUAUAAUAGCUUUUGCCGGAAUACGCCAUUCCCUCAUCCGCCUAUAACAUUUCCUCCGCAACAUAAGCCAGGCCCCACUAUUAUUAUAGUGUACCCACCAGGAAGUCCAUGUAACCCAGGAAAUGGAUCCAUCAUUGAUCCGCCUGCAACUCUGCCAACCCUUCCUCCAGGUCCUCCUGAAACUAUGCCAACUCUUCCUCCACCUCCUGUAACUAAACCAACUCCUCCUCCAACUCCUCCUCCAACUCCUCCUCCAACUAAGCCUCAAACAUAUCCCACAUAUCCCACAUAUCCACCGUAUCCAACAUACCCAACGUACCCAACAUAUCCAACAUAUCCAACGUAUCCCACAUAUCCACCGUAUCCAACAUAUCCAACACAUCCAACAUACCCACCAUACCCAACAUAUCCACCCUAUCCACCUUAUCCAACCAAUCCACCAUCCACAUCUCCACCAAGCACAACAACUCCACCAUUCCCUACAUACCCACCUACCACAACUACAUCCAUCGCCACUCGACCACCCGUAAUUUGUACGCACCCAUGCCAACCAGGCUGUCCAUGCCAACCAGGUUGUCCGUACCCAUGCCCACCAGUGUGUCCGUACCCAUGCCCACCAAACUGUCCGUACCCAUGCCAACAACCAGGUUGUCAAUACCCAUGCGUACAACCAGGUUGUAAGUACCCAUGCCUAUACCCAACCAGAUACCCUCCCGUAUUCCCACCCGUAUUCCCAACCGGAUACCCACCCGUAUACCCAACCGGAUACCCACCUUGUUCGCACCCACCAUGUCAACAACCAUUAAUAUUAGUUGUUGAUUGCCCAUUCGCUAAGAAACAACAACAACAACAACUCCAAGGAAAACUUCCAUGGGACAACACAAGGACAGAUUCGCAAAGCGUUAGCGUUUCAUUUAGUGAGAGUCCCCCACCGAUUGCAGCAAUAAAGCCUACAGUUCCUUUCUCAGAUACCGACAUUAAUGUGGACGCGAAGCUGAACGCGGUGGAGCUGAUCCAGAAGUAUGGUUACCCUGUGGAGGUGCACAUCGUCAUAACAUCGGACGGCUAUAAACUGGUCCUGCAUCGCCUACCGCGCCCGGGAGGACCUGUCGUAUUGCUCGUGCACGGCCUCAUGUCCAGUUCAGCGUCUUGGGUGGAAAUGGGCCCGGCAAACGGCCUGGCUUAUAUACUAUACGACCAGGGAUACGAUGUUUGGCUUUUGAAUACGCGCGGCAACAUCUAUUCGAACAAGCAUAAGAAUCCCCAUAUUCGGCCAGCGGACUACUGGAGCUUCUCGUUCCAUGAAAUCGGUGUUUUCGAUCUGCCAGCCAGUAUUGACAAAAUCUUACAAGUUACGGGCAAGAGCACCUUGCAAUACGUUGGCCACUCCCAGGGCUGUACCGCCUUCUUUGUGAUGGCCAGUCAGCUGCCUCAGUAUGCCAAGAAGGUGUCUCUCAUGCAGGCUCUCUCGCCCACGGUCUACUUGAAAAAUACACAGAGUCCGGUGCUGCGAUUCCUGUCUCUGUUCAAGGGAAAUAUCAGAGUUUUGCUCAAUUUACUUGGUGGAUUCUCGGUCGCGAAGGAUAACAAGCUAAUCAAGCAAUUCCACGCUCAAAUCUGCAAGAGCAACCAAUUGGGCAGCGAGAUAUGCCGCAUCUUUGACUAUGUGACGUGCGGAUUCGGCUGGAAUCAGUUUAACAAUACCUUGGAGCCUAUUGUCGCUGAGCAUUCGUCGCAGGGCGCGUCCGCCUUCCAGAUCUAUCACUAUUCGCAGCUGCUCAGUAACCAAGAAUUCGCUGCCUUCGAUAAUGGCGAGGCGCUCAAUUUACAGCAAUAUAAUAAGCCACAGCCGCCGGCCUACAACAUCACCCAAAUACCCUGUCAAGUGGCACUGCACCACUCGCAAGACGACUGGCUGGCCAGCCUGCCCGAUGUUCAGCAACUAAAGAAUCAACUGCCCAAUGUUGUCGACUACUCGUACAUUCAGCAGGAAGGCUUCAGCCACUACGACUAUAUGCUUUCGCAGAAUGUGCAGGGGCUGGUCCACGAUCGCGUGGUUAGUAAUUGUGCUAGGUAUGGGCACAAAUAAACGAGUGCUAGAUCUGGGCUUAAUUACCAUGCCAAAAAUUAAUCUUGUGUACAUUUUCAAUUUGAAAA